CACCCCUCCAAAGGUUUUCCCAAAACCGAGCACAAUCAAUGGCAUCACCACCUCCCUCGGAUACCCGCCCGGCGGCCGAGGAAGUGUCAUCCCCCGCCCCUAAGAAGAUCAAGCUCUCCGACACCAGGGACUCUCAUGCUGGCGUCGCUGACAUCAAACCAGAGUACCUCCUCCCCAAGGCUCGGAAAGCCAUCUCCGCAUCCGCAGAUGACGACGCAGUCGGGGCUGCCCACCACCACCACUACCAAGAGGCAGAGAAUGGUGGCGGAGGGAAAAAACGUAAACACGAGCGCGGACAGAAUAAAGCGAGGAAGUUCCAUUUCGCGAACGAUGAAGUUAAACUGUGUAACAGCCUUGUUAUGGUUCCGCGGGAGGGUCUAUUCGAGGGGACUGUUUGUGAAUUCGCGUUGAAUGCUCGGCCGAAGGGUCAGAAGGCGAGGCAGCGGCGGAAGAAGAAGGAAGAAGUCGAGGUGGGGAAGGCGACAGGAGAGGAUAAGAUUAUGGAGGGGAGGGAAGAGGAGGAAUGGGUACAGCCGGAUGGGUUGUCGAAAAAGUGCGGUUUCUCACACAAUCUACGGGAGUAUUUGAAGAGCAAGCGGGAUGAUUCCGAAGGAGUUUGUCCGGUUUGGGAACUAAGGGGAUAUUGCGGAAGUGGGUGGAGAUGCAGAUGGGUUGGGUCGCAUUCUAAGGAAGAUGAGAAUGGCGAAUUAUAUAUGGUUGUUGACGAGGGAAAGAAGAAGAUACCGCAGCAGUGGGAGGAAGAGGUCCCUAUUGGGGGUUUUUAUGACCCAUACGGAGAGAUUAUUAAUUCUGUCCCGAUGAGCCUGAAGAUCCGACUGAGGAAGAACGAAUUUCCGACUAAGAAGAGCGAGGUUUAUGCGGAAUGGGAACAUAAAGAGAAGACUACACGGGAUGGUUUGGGUUACGAGGACAAGGGCGAUGCCAGAGCUUCUUUUGUGGAUGCACCCGUGAAUGCGGCGGAGAAAAGAAGAAUAUACAUUGGAAAGGAAACGCCGUUGUUGGCUCCCUUAACAACAACGGGCAACCUUCCUUUCCGCCGUCUAUGCUCUCGUCUUGGUGCUGCCCUUACCUACUCCGAAAUGGCCAUGUCUGUUCCCCUCCUCCAGGGCCACAAGCCAGAGUGGGCUCUAUUAAGGGCCCAUGCAUCUGAAAUUCCGAAUUUUGGUGCUCAGAUUUGCGGCACUAAGAUUGGAACGGCGGUUCGGGCGACAGAAGUCUUGACAACUUUGUUCCCAUCGGCCGCCUCUUCUCGUCAUGGGCUGUCACUUGUUGACUUGAACUGUGGAUGCCCAAUUGACCUUGUAUACCGUCAAGGUGGAGGUAGUGCACUUCUGGAUCAGCCAUCCAAGUUAAUCAAGAUGCUCAAAGGAAUGAAUUAUGUCUCUGGGGAAACACCAAUAACGUGUAAAAUUAGGUUAGGAACUCGAGAUUCCUCGCCCGUUGCUAAGAAACUUGUCCAGAGGAUCUACGAUGCUGGGGAUGUCCAGGCUAUUACGCUUCAUGGCAGGAGUCGCCAGCAGCGAUACUCUCGGGAUGCCGACUGGACGUAUAUUGCCGAGACUGCGGCGCUGAUCAAAGAUUUUAAGCGGAGGUCUGACACAACUGCCGACACAGCGAUUGAUAAGGAGGCUAGAGAUAAACCGAAUGUCUUCUUUGUAGGAAAUGGUGAUUGCUAUUCUCACGUCGACUACUAUAAUUCCAUUGAUCAAGGCAACGUUGAUGGAGUAAUGCUUGCAAGGGGAGCUCUGAUAAAACCCUGGCUCUUUGAGGAAAUCCAAAAAGGUCAGUAUUUGGAUAAGUCUGCCACCGAGCGCUUAGACUACAUUCGUGAGUACGUUCGAUACGGUCUUGAAUGCUGGGGCAGCGACGAACUCGGUGUUGCUACUACCCGUAGAUUCCUCCUCGAGUGGCUCAGCUUUGGAUGUAGAUACGUACCCAUUGGGAUUCUCGAGAGGUUGCCUCCUCGGAUUCAGGACAGACCUCCCCCAUGGAAGGGAAGAAAUGAAUUGGAGUGCUUGCUUGGUGGCUCGGACUAUAAGGAUUGGAUCAAGAUAUCAGAGAUGUUUCUGGGUCCUUGUCCGAGUGACUUUCACUUUACACCUAAGCAUAAGGUUUGCGUGAUAACUUUAUGUCUUGGUUGA